AUGGAAGGGCGUCGACCCGAGCCUGUUGGGGCUCACUACGAUAUUGUGUUGAAUUUGGACAAGCCAGGCCGAGUAGUACCCAUUAGAAUUCCUCCUGACGACCCGUUGGCAGCAGAAUUGGUCCACUUGUUGAAAGAAUAUGAGGAUAUAAUUGCAUUUACUGUAGAAGAAAUUUCGGGAAUUGACCCAACCGUGGUGGUUCAUAAGCUAAAUGUGGACCCAAAUGUUAGAUCGGUCCGUCAGAAGAAAAGAAACCAUGGGGAGGUGAGAAAUCAGGCGGCUGCAUCAGAAGUAAAGAAACUGAUGGACGGGUUAUAUUGCUACAAGGUGAUGCCGUUCGGAUUAAAAAAUUCCCCGGCCACAUUCCAGCGUCUCAUUAACACUAUAAUUAGCAAGCAGCUUGGUAGAAAUAUUGAGGCCUAUAUUGAUGACAUGAUAGUAAAGAGUAAAAAACGGGCGGCACACAUGGCCGACCUAAGGGAAACAUUUGAGACAAUCCGUACUUACAACAUGAGGCUGAAUCCCAAAAAAUGUGUUUUUAGGGUAACUUCCGGGAAGUUUUUGGGAUUCUUGAUUGAUGAACGGGGAAUUGAAGCUAACCCAGAUAAAAUACAGGAAGUGAUAGACAUGAGCUCGCCAAAAACCGUCAAAGAGGUUCAGCGGCUCACAGGUUGCUUGGCUGCACUAGGAAGAUUCCUAUCCAGGGCCGGAGAUAAAUGCCAAUACUUUUUCAAAAGGAUUAAGAAUAAGUCCAAGUUUGAAUGGUCGGAUGAGGCAGAGGCGACCUUCUUGAAAUUUAAAGACCAUUUUCAUAUUCUACCCUGUCUCGUCAGUCCCUUACAAGGAGAGAACGCCGAGCCGUUGAAACUGCCGUUCACGAGAUUAGAGGCAGCCGGUUGCAUGCUGAACUGGGCCAUUGAACUAAAUGAAUUUGAUAUCACUUAUGAGCUAAGAAAAGCCAUCAAGGGGCAGGCGUUCGCAGAUUUUAUUGUGGAAAUGACAAGGCCCGUCUUCUCCAAAAACAAAAAGACUGCGUGGACGGCAUCCAAUAAUGAGGCCGAGUAUGAGGCACUACUCUACGGCAGUAGAAUGUGCAAAGCGGCAAGUGCUGAAGAGAUCCUGGAAUUAUCUGACUCUCAACUUAUUGUAAGCCAUGUCAAUAAAGACUAUGAAGCAAGAGACCCGACAAUGGUAAAAUAUAUGAAGGCAGUCCAUCAGGAAGUAGAGAACUUGAAGAGUUAUGAAGUAAGGAAGGUCCCUCGAUCAGAGAAUAAUCAAGCUGAUGCAUUGUCUAAAUUAGCUAGUUCGGCUUCUUGUGACACCCCACGUCAUGUAUUCUGGGAAGUAAAGGAUCAGAAGAGUAUUGAGCAGGCCGAGAUGACGGUUCUGGACAGAAAGUCCACCUGGAUGGAUGAUAUAAUCAACUUUAAGAUGAAUGGAGUCUUACAAGAUGACCAAAAGCAGGCAGCAAAACUCCAGAAGAAGUGCUCUUGGUUUGAAAUGUGGAAUGGAACAUUGUACAAGAAGUCGUACUCCCGUCCUCUACUACAAUGUGUGACGCCUGAGAAAGGGCAAGAGAUCCUAGAGGUUAUUCACCAAGGUUGUGCAGUUCACAUAUCGGGGGAAGGUCUUUGGCUGAAAAGGCACUUCGGACUGGCUACUAUUGGCCGACUUUGA